CCCCAUUCUCAUCAAAACAAGCCCAACAUGCGUGCCUCUUCUGUCUUUUCCUUCCUUUGUGGCGCUGCGACUUUGGCCCAAGGUCUUAUCCUCACCAUCUCAGUGCCGGAAACCAUCAAAGCCGGCGAGCCUUUCAACGCUACCAUCUUCAAUAACAUUGAGCAGGGCACUGGCCCGCAGCUAACAAUGGCGAUUGGAUUUGAUUUCUAUGAUCCUGCAUCCCAGCCAGUCGGUUAUAGUCAGCUUGGCCAUUUCGUUGGCGCCCUGGAUAUUACAAACAUUCGGCCGGCCGUGUUCAAUCUAACUCUACCACCUCUGCCAUCUCCGAUGGUCGAGGGUUAUAACAAUGGGACUCUGAGAAUCGGUAUUCUGUCGACUUUCGGAGUGACAACAUAUAUGGAAGUUGUUUCUUGGUCUGCCAAUGUCACUCUUGGAGCAGCCACCAGUACGACGUUAGUUCCGGCUGAAAUAGUCGGCGUUCUUCAAUGAGUUGGCGACACUAGAAAUCAUGAUACGUAAAUGAAAAGUGCAUUUAUACCGCUUCG